CCUCUCGUUGCAGCGCGCGUCGGCUUUCUUCCCUUUUGGAGUCGGAUUAAGCAAAAUCUCUCUCUCUCUCCCUCCCCACCCCUCGCUUCUCUCUCAAGAAAUAUUCGAAGAAGUUCUCCGGCCCUAACCCUAACCCUAACCCUAACCCUAAUCAUGGCUCUCUUUGCCCCUUCGUGGGCUCGCUAAGGCUCGCGUUUCCGAUUUGGAGCCCCUCCCAUCCCCUCCCUCGGAUCCGUAAUGCUCGGGCGCUCGAGCGGUUCCGGCGUUGGUAUCGGAAAUGGCGCUCGUUCCGGGUGUUUCCGAGGGUGUGCUCGUGGACUUGAACGUCGGCAAUUCGGCGGAGUCCCCGAUGGCGCUCCUUAACUCGCAGAGGGAGCUUUUCCACAGCCAGAUCGAGCAGCUCCAGAAGCUCGUCGUUGCUCAAUGCAAGCUCACGGGCGUCAACCCCCUCUCCCAAGAAAUGGCUGCUGGAGCGCUGUCGAUAAAAAUUGGAAAAAAACCUAGGGACUUGCUGAACCCAAAAGCGGUAAAUUAUAUGCAGUCAAUUUUCUCUGUUAAGGAUACCAUUGGCAAGAAGGAAACUCGUGAGAUCAGUGCUCUUUGUGGAGUUACAGUUACACAGGUUAGAGAAUUUUUUGCUGGCCAGCGUUCAAGAGUGAGAAAGUUUGUUCGCUUGUCACGGGAUAAGGCGACCAGAGUAGAUGCAUCCAGGGCAUCUAGUAAUGGAUGCUCCUUGAGUUCUGAGCAGUUUCUGCCUGUUAGCAAAGAGGGCUCAGCAAGUUCUGCUGACAAUAUGAUGAUCAGGGAACAAAUACCAGUUCCUGGGAAUGCAAUGGUUAUUAGCAUUGUGAGAGAUGGCCAACAAGACACAACUGACCUUAAGAAAGUUGAGGAAGGUCCUUCAUGCGCAGCACUGGAAGAGCUUGUUCCUGGCAUUGACACCAAUGAUAGGAAGUUUCUGGACAACAUUUUUAAUCUAAUGAGGAAGGAAGAAACAUUUUCUGGACAGGUGAAGCUGAUGGAAUGGGUCCUCCAAAUCCAUAAUUCAGCAGUCUUGGUUUGGUUUUUAACUAAAGGUGGUCUUACCAUUUUAUCAACAUGGUUAAGCCAAGCAGCCCUUGAAGAACAAACAACUGUCCUUCUUAUCAUUUUCAAGGUUCUAUGUCACCUGCCACUACACAAAGCUUUGCCAGUCCAAAUGUCUGCUAUCUUGCAAAUUGUUAACAGGCUGCGGUUUUACAGGACAUCAGACAUAUCAAACAGGGCAAGAACUCUCCUUUCAAGAUGGAGCAAACUGUUUGUUAGAAGCCAGGCUUUGAAGAAACCUCUUAUCAAUUCCUCCAAGGAUUCUCAGAAGGAGAUAAUUCGUAAACUAAGGAUCAGUGAAAUUCUCAGCGAUGAGUCAUGGCAAUCCAAAAUUGAUUUUCCUGACAUUCUUGCCCUUACUGAAGAUAUGGAAAACAACAGGAAAUCAGAGUCUAAACAAGCACUAAAGCUUCUUCCAGCUUCUACUGAUGGGUUGAGUAAAAAGCAUGGCCGAAGUGUCCCAUUGCCCAAAACCAAAGAACGCAGAAAAGUUUUAUUGGUGGAGCAACCUGAUCAUAAAACUUCAGGAAGAAGUGUGCAGCUUGCAAGGGCAGUACCUUCAAAGCAUAGCCGUCCAAUGUCAGCUGAUGAUAUCCAGAAGGCAAAAAUGCGUGCAAUGUUCAUGAAACAUAAGUAUGACAAGGCUGACACAUCCAGUAGUGAAAAUAAGGCACCGAAAACAGAAGAUAAUAAUCAUGCGCCUUCUACAUCUCAGACCAGCAAUAUGUUGUCUGCAUCAAGAAUACCACAGCUGUUACCUCCGCUGAGAAAAGAUGAAGAGACAAAACCUUCAAUAUCCACAACAAACAUUCUUCCAAAGAAGCAAGAUACUUUGGUCAUUCCAAACCCAAACACAACUUCUCAGGAACAGUUACUGGAGAAGUUGAAGUGCUGUCAAAUUCAAUGGAAGACACCACCAGAGGUCAUAAUUGACUUGAAAUGGCGUGUGGGCACUGGGGAAAAUGGCAAGGAAGUUGAAGUCCAGACGCAGAGAAAUCGGCGGGAGAAGGAAUCGUUCUAUUCAAAACCACAAGACAUCCCAUUGAAUCCAAAGGAACCUUGGGAUCUAGAGAUGGAUUUUGAUGACAGCUUAACUCCUGAAAUCCCAAUUGAGCCGUCACCGGAUGCCGACAGCAUCGAAGACUCUUCAUGCACUCCGUGCAGCAGUGGAGCCUCCAAGGAUCAAACGCCUGCCACCACCUCUGCUCCUCCAAUCAAUAACGGGAAUCCAGAGCCAGACCUUGAGUUGCUAGCCGUGCUGCUCAAAAACCCGGACCUGGUCUUUGCUCUGACUUCUGGCAAGGGGAAGACCAUGACAAGUGAGGAGAUGGUGGCAUUGCUGGACAUGCUCAAGAAAAAUGGUGUAGGGUUGACGGAAUUGAUGAAUGGGGCCACUGAUGGCCCUAAAGAGAAGCCUAAGGAACCUGAGCCCACUUCUCUUCCAUCUCCGACUCCUCCAUCAGAUCCAGCUGCAAGGGCUGGUUGGAAAUCAGAAUUCUCAACCUGUAGGAUUACUCCAGUCUUGAAGCCACAUUUUCCUGGCAGCAGAGUUGUGUCGGCUCCUCUCCCUACCGCCGCUCCUCAAACCCCAUCUCCUGCAGCUGUUCCUCCUGUGGUUGCUAAGACACAGGCUCCAGGUUUGGGGUUGCCUCAGACUUCAACCACCAUGUUUUCAGUGCCAGAAUUGACAGUAACCAUUAAUCCCACAUCUCAACACCAUGCGCCCCACAAUUUCCUUCCAGAAUUGACAGUAACCAUUAAUCCCACAUCUCAACCCAAUGCGCCUCACAAUUUCCUUUCAAAGAGGCCUCCAACACCCUCAGCUCACCAGAUUCCGAACUCUAUACAUGCAUUGCAGCAUAACUCAGUUCCAGACCACAUCUUGCCCACAAAACAACAUCCAGUAACAAAUGUACCAAUUGCUUCCCCAUCAGUACCUCGACAGGAGUCCUUCAACCACAGCCCCUCGCCCAUGACUACUUUACCUGCAUUGCUUCCAAUCUCGUCACGGCCGCAACCUCUACUGGCUGAGCCUCCCAAAGUUUCUCCAAAAAUUUCCAGAUGGCCGCCCAGUGCUGCAAGUGCCGCCCGCAUUGGAAGGCCAAAUUCAACACCAGACCCUUGGAUUGGUCGAUCAAAUGGCUUUUCAGAGCCUCGGCCCCCGAACGCGCAAUUCUUUGCUAAUCAAAACAACUACAAUGCUUACCCAAAGGGCCCCCUACAGCAACCUUCUGUGCUGCCAGGGAGUGCCAGGGAUAGAAAUGACAUUCUGGAUAGGGCAGAGCUAGAGACAUGGAGCCCAGAAGGCAGCCCCGUGAGAUUGUCAGCGUUUCGAGGUGGCCAGAAGUUUUCGGACGCAAGAAGAGACCAUGGCCAGAAUCAUAGGCCUGAAUGGUCCGGGCAAUGGGAUCCUAGGAAUCGGGACCACUGCAGGCCUGGCAGCAACAGAAGGUGGCGGGAUCGCGGCGACGGAGACCGCCUCCACCGGAGGCGGUGAUUGUGCAUGAUUUGUUUGUUUAGAUUAAUGGGAGUUCUCCACUUGCAGGGAGGAAUCCUUCUCAGAUUUCUCGUGGGAUAGAGUAAAAUUGUGAAUAGAUUAUAGAGCCCUCAGAUUCUAAUGACAUGAAGUGGAGAAAAUUGAAAAUUUCUGUUCCAAUUGGCGAUCAGUUAAAAGGAUUAACAGUUUGUCACUAUUCUUCUUGACCAAAUUCAGUCACUCUAGCCUUUAUAUUUU